ACGGGAGGAGAACCUGAUCUUCAUCCUGGUUCUGCGCAGAGAACCAAAGCAGAGAGGAAGGGUCGGGGGGUCCAGCUUCAGGCGGCGGAGGCCGGACUGGAAAUCUGACUACUGUGGCUUCUUUUUUCUUCUCCUCUGCUGGAUUUAACUCAAACCAGAUGGUCUCUCUCUGCCAGACUCGAGCGCCGGUCUGCUUGUUUUUAACUUCUCUCCGACGCCACCAGACUUCAUGAGAUUUAAACGGAAACUGUCGUGCUGUUGCUCAGUUUAACGGAUCUUUGUGCGUUAACGGAUUCUUCUGACGGUCCAGGCAUGGUUCCAGUCUUACUUUGACUUUUCAUCAGCUGACAGGACGUCGGUGUUCGGCACAGUUGAAGUGCUGCGCACUUUGGAUCAGGACGCUCCAGAAGGAUAAUUGGGUAAAUGAAGAGGUGUCGUCUUUGAAGUCUCGUUUAAAGCCACACGAUCUCACCGAGGAGGAUAGAAGAUGUAGUUCGGCUGCUCUGAAGCGAAGUUCUGUCCUUCGCUGCGCGUCCCGGCUGCUCUUUGCUUGUUUCGGGGUCCAUGCGCUUUGCACAGACCUCCGACGACAGAACAGGCCAUUUUAAAUCUGAUUGGUUAUUGAGGGAAGUUAACCGGACUAACAACACGAGUUAAUAUUUUUUCUGACUCUUGGACAUCCACUAGUAUAUUCGGCGUCGAUAUAAUCAAUUAAAAGGCUCAUUAUUCCAAUAAAACUGUGACAUUUAAUGAACUUUCCAGCCGAGAUACAUUCAUGUUUCUGGGGGAAACUAGUAUGGCGCCAAACUACAAUGAAAAGAAGCCAUUUUUUAACUUUAGUUUAGUUAUACCAAACUUUUUUGGAAUUACAACAUAAGUUAAUACUUUCCAACAAUCUUCCAGAGCCACUGCUGAAUUCGGGAUAAGUAUAAUACAUCAAAGAGUGUUAAUUAACAAACUCUCACUAAUAACCAGUCCCUAAUAUUUGUGUCUGCGGAUUAACUCGGCAAAGUGAACCUCAACCCAGGAGAAACCCGUCAGUCAGGAGACGAAGGUGAUGAAGAUUAGGGAUGAAGGUGAGACCCUCGGGAGUGUGAAGUGAAGGACUGGCUGUCUCAUGCGGUGCCUCCUGGCUUCAGCCGGCGGACUUCUCCUGAGGGAAGCCGGGAUGCUGCCCCGCCGCCGCUCCUGCUCCGGCCCGCUGCUGCUGCUUGGGGUGGCGGUGUGCCUCUUCUACCAGACCCUGAUGGUGGCCCUGAACCGCCUCCGGUCCGGACAGCAACAGCCCGCCGACGUUCGAGGCAGAAAGCCGGCAGAUGAAGUCCUGAUGGAGGAGACCAGGAGGCUGAUCUCUAGUCUGGAGACUUUUCAGAGACAGACACAGAUCCAGGUCUGGUCCCAGCCGCGCCCCCGGCGCCGUCAGGCCGUGGUUCUGACGGGUCGACAUCCGGUCUCGGACACAGAGGUCCAGCUGUACCAGCGGGUUCUGCAAGAGAUGGACUACGAGGUACAGCUGUCCAGAUACGCCGAGACCAGCAGCUUCAUGAGAACAAACCACGGUGUGACUGGGUGGAGCCUGUUGCUGUGUCUCAGUAGUUCAGAGAGAAGUUGUCUGAGGAGAAUCUCCUUCUCUCACCUGCAGCAUCGUCAGACGGUGAACUUGUUGCCCGGGGUGAUGGAGGCAUUCUCUGAUGCGGGUGGAGGUCUCUGUCGCUUCUUCGCUCACUCACACCUGACAGGAUCUGAAUUACCCAUGAGGCCAUACUCCUGUGGAUCGGCCAAUCAGAAGCUGCAGUUUCCUCAGGAUUCCGUAGGAGCCGACAGUCGCUCACCUGUCGGAGCGCCGCCUCGUGCUCUGGUUGCCGUGGUGAAUGUUUACGUCUUGGUGACCUCAGUGAACCCGCUGACUUCCUUUCUGCAUGACAUCAGUGUGGUGAUGACCAAUCCAGAGCAGGGGGGGCGGGCCACAAAGCUCAGGAACUUCCUGCUGCAGCAGCUGGGACCAUCGACAUCCCAUGAUGCUUUUGGACAGGUGAAGGAGGUGAUAGGUAAAGUGCUGCGGGCUGCCGUGUCGACCAAUCGGAAGCAACAAACGCUCAACAGGUGUGUGUUGUGUUACCAGCUGUUGACCUUCACUCUGCUCUUCAGCGGCGUGAUCACACCUGUUGUCGUCCAGGUGGAAACAGAUCUGACCUUUUCUUCUCUGAGUGACCACACGUUUGACGGACAGAUCACCAAAGACCUGAUCCUGGAGGACACGCUACACUUCCUGCUGCCGACGCAGACACACCUGUCCUCAGAGACACACCUGUCCUCAGAGACGUACUCACAGACACAGGUGAGACAGUACGGCGGCUGCAGAGGGACACACGGCGUCUGUUUGUCAGAAGACCAGUUUCUUCCUCUGCUUCAGUUUCAGCGACAGAUGAAGACGCCUUCAGGUUUUCAGCUGUUGUAUCCUAGCAUCUCCUCCUCCUCCUCCUCCUCCUCCUCCUCCUCCUCCUCCUCCUCCUCCUCCUCCUCCUCCUCCUCCUCCUCCACCCCUCUCAGCAUCUCUGAUCUUCUCAUCAGGAUCAGUUGGUACUAUGAGCUUCAGAGAAACCACAGCUACAGAACUGAUGAGACAGAAGAGCUGGCCAAUCAGGAGUCAGCUCUGCCUUCUUCACAGGACGGCUCAGAAGGUCCCUGUGUGGACCCCCACCUCAGACAGAUCUACACUGACCCGCCCCUCACCCUGACCCCGACCUUUAGUCCACGGGUGAAAGAGUAUCACGCUGAAGUGACCUUUGACACAGUGAUGGUUCGAAUCCGGCCAGAGUCCGUCAGUUUGGCCUGCCGAGUCCAUCUGGAUGAGCACCGCGGCCCCAGGAUGGCAAACUACCCGGUCGGCCUCGGCAACAGCAGGAUCAGCAUCCUGGUGACGGACGAUGCCGAGCACGAGCCCGUCGUUAUGACGAUCUACACCGUCUACGUGUACCGCGAAAGCCGACCCAGUCUGCCCAUGUUCGGGGACCAUGUGAUGUGCAGCUUCCUGCAGGACUGCGGUUUGCUGGUUCAGCCAGAUCGGUCCUGCGGUCUCCAGCCUUUCAUCAAGUCUCAGAGUUCACUUCAGACCUGCAGCUCAGGACACGUACCAGGUCAGUGGGUGGUUCCAUGUCUCAGCUGUUCUGACAACAGGACGUGUGAUUGGAGGGAGGUUGCCUGGCAACCAGAUGGCUGUUAUCACCCAUUAGUGGACCGCCCCCUGCUGCAGGACUGUAUGACGGACAGGAAGGUGUUGUUUAUCGGCGACUCGACCAAUCGUGGGAUGAUGUACUUCCUGAUGGAGCGGGUGAACUCCAGUCUGGAGGACUGGGGGAAGGCUCACGACACGCUGGUUUACAGGAACCUGAACGGCGGACGGACGCUGGUCAGCUACUCGUAUUAUCCUCAGUUCUGGUUGGAAAAGAACCAGAGACCCACAUUCAGACAGGCUCUGCUGCAGCUGCUCGACAGGUCACGACCUCUGGUGAACUCUAACCUGACAGUUCUGGUGGUGGGAGGAGUCCAGUGGCUCAACACGGAUCACCUGAGGACGAUCCGAGAGGUACUGAGCAGAGAGUCUCUCGGCGAUAUCGCGGUGGUGGUGAAAUCUUUGGGGAUGGGUUUCCACCUUCCUGUAGACGGGAUCCGGUCUCUCAGUCUGACAGAGAUCCAGGAGCUGUACAGAGAGAACCGUGACAUCGUCGCCACAGCAAAGCACCAUGGGUACGAGGUGAUCGACACAUUCAGCAUCACCGUGGGUCGAUACAAAGAGUUCCUGCAGGGACGAUGUGCCUGCCACUUUCAUGAGGUGGAGAAGUUUCCGUCCUCCAGACUCUCAGGGGACAUGACGUCCACGGCCAACAGAACCAGAUCCACCAGAACCAGAUCUAAACUCAGCAGCCAAUCAACUGUGCUGGACACAGAGCAGGGGGCGUGGCCUAAACAAUUGUCCUAUCAUGUGAGAGGGCCAGUGAACCAGGUGUACUCUGAGAUCCUGCUGAGUCGCCUGUGUCCCAAAACCAGAGACUGAACAGCUGAGUGUGUGUGUGUGUGUGUGUGUGUGUGUGUGUGUGUGUGUGUGUGUGUGUGUGCGCGUCUGAACGAUGAAUGAAAGAGUAAAAAGAACCAUGAGGACAGAAAAAGACUGAAGGCUGAACUUGUCCCUCGUUCUCCUGCAGGACUCAGAGGUGCGACGGUCAAACAUAAAACGACCUGACGCUCAGAAAGAAACUAAAGCUCCAGAGUUGAGGGUCCAAAGUGAAAACACAGAUUCUCCAUGAUAAACAGAAAAUCACCAAAAGUACCUGAAGUACUUCCUCGUGUGCCGUUUGUGAACAAACACUUCAGGUGUUUUGACAUGAUCCUGAUCUGCAGAGACCACUUCCUGAAGCACUCCGUCAUUUUCCAGCCGGCUCGUUUUUAAUGCAACAGAGUUAGCUUCCGAUGCUACAGCUACAUGCUGCUGUGCAGAUGUGCAGCAGCUGGUGUUACUGCAGAGUACUGAGGACCAGGAUCUGCUGCAGACCAGCUGCUGGUCUCACUAGUCAGCCUCUAGUAGUUUUUCUGUAUCUGUGGUCAGUUCUUAUCAAACAGUGAUGAGUGUGAUGCUGACCUCAGAUCAGCCUGUGGGCCUCCACACAGUGUUUAAAUACCUCAGUCACAGACUUACUGUGUUGAUCAGAAAACACCAAAGACUCGAUGCUAACUGUGUUUAUCACGAGAAAGAAACGUCUUAUUUGAGUCUCUGCUCAUAUUUUCUAUAUUUUUCUACAGAUGGAUAUUGUGCCUUUACUUCGCAACAUGUUUACAUGCUGGAAAAUAGAAUAUAUGAUAUUUAUAUGAAUGUAAUGAUCCUCCUGUUCUUUAAACCUGAAACUGUUGACCAGAAAGCAAACAGACACAAAGACAGUUUAUUAAUAACAAAUUCAACUGUGAAGACGAGAAGCCGGUUUUAAUUUAACUUUAUCAAAACUUCACUUUAUUCCAUGAAUGUUCAAAUUCUUCAUCUUCACAACUUUUCUGUAAACUGUGUCUUUAUACAUUUUAAUAUAUCUUUGCCAUAAAAGUGAUAUGUAUGAUGAGA